AUGUCUGUCGAGAUCGUGACGAAGAAAUAUAAUUCGAAAAUUGAAAUACGUGAUUUUCAUGAUAUUCAAGGAAGUUUUUAUUCAAAAUUUGAUUUACAUCAUUUUCCAAAUGAUAUUCAAGAAUUAAACGUAUCAAUUGUAACAGCUUUAUUUGAUACAGAACCAAAUGUAUCAUAUCUUACAGCUAUUGAUCGAUAUGCAAUCGUAUCUAUAGUUGUCUUGCUCAUUCUAUGUGCUUGGCAUGCAAUCAUUGGUACUAUUGUCUUUAUUCGCGAUCGUUAUGAUGCUUUAAGUCCAGGUUCACGUUGA